UUAAAAAAGUUUUAAAGGAGUGUGAUUAUGACGAGUCCACGCAAUUUGCCUGUGAUACUGAGAGGAGAAUGAAUGGGCAUGUAAAGAGUAUGCAUUUUCAACAGUUCAUGGAACCAGCAACAACAUUACUCUCUCUCUUGCUGGUUAUGGCUGUUGAUUCAACAAGAACUGUGGCAGCGAGCAGAAACCAGCAGUGUGGGAAUUCUCUGCAACAGACUUUGAAGCUAACCAGACUCGUACAGAAGGAAUCUGUCGACCUAAUCAAAACAUAUAAAGCCUCUCAAGGAGAAAUGUCAGAGCUCUUCUGCAAGGUAUCAAUCAGUGAUGUCCCUGACCCCAACAUCUCCGGCCUGGAGCCCUCAGAGAGGAUAGCGAGCAUCUACACACAUCUCCAAGUCUUCUUCCCACAUUUAAAACGGGUGUAUGAGCAGCAGACAGACUUACAGUCACCCACGAGCCAGCUGCUGACCGAGCUCACCGUCGUCAGUACUCGCAGCAGGAGCCUAGCUGCUCUCAUAAACAAAUUUUAUCAGAGCCUCUUCCCGAACCUGCCUGUACCAGAGCCAGCAGGAGGGGCGACAACACUACCUCCAGCCCAGAAUGUUUUCCAGCAGAAGGUCUACGGCUGUGUGGUCCUGAAGACCUACAAAGACUUCCUGUCAAAUAUUUCCAGAGAACUGAGGACUCUAAAAAACAAAGUGUGCAGAAGGACACAAAUAAACACCUUCUUUUUCUGAGGAUGACCUCAUGCUGGUCUUAUACAGUCAGUUUUUUUUUAACUCACUGGGUUGAUAGAGACUUAAAAAUAGGAGUGAGUAUGAAGCCUAUUUAUGGUAUUUAAUAUUUAUUUUUGUGUGUGUGUUUCUGCUCAGAGGAGUGCUGUUAAAAGAUCACAAGUGUAAAGUUAUCUCUAUGCAUGUUAUGUAUAUUUAAUUUGUCUAAUAUAUUAUGUAAGGUUCUACUUUGCUGAUGUAAACUUAUAUGCUGUACAGAAUUAUUAAAAUAUACUUUGCAGCUAUA